UGAGGUGGGAGUCCCGCGACGCGGGGCGCGGGAUGGCGCAGCGUGGCCGUGCCGCGGCGGCCGGGCGGCGUCGCUGGGGCUCCGCGGGGGAGCGUGGGCAUUGCCGCCGUCCGGGUGACUCCCUCAGUGACGCCGGGCGCGUUCCUUCCUCUUCCUCUCGCCCCUCAGGCCCCGCCUUCCCUUCCCUCCGCCCACCUCCCUGAGCGGAGCCGCCGCGCCGCCGCCGCCGCCGCCAGGAGCGCCUCAUGUCGGCCCCCGCCGGGUCCCCUCACCCGGCCGCCAGCGCCCGGAUUCCGCCCAAGUUCGGUGGAGCCGCCGCCUCAGGACCCGCGGCGCCCACUGACCCGAACCCGGCGCCGCACCAGCAGAACGGUCCAGCACAAAAUCAAAUGCAGGUUCCUUCUGGCUAUGGAAUACAUCAAAACUAUGUAUCUCCCUCAGGACAUUAUUCUCAAGGACCUGGGAAAAUGACCUCAUUGCCAUUGGAUAGCCAGUGUGAUGAUUACUACUCUGGUCUCUAUACAGUACCAACACAAAAUGUGAUACCUCCCAGCACAACAAACCAACAGCCAGGAGCACAGCAGAUGUAUGGCAGGGGUCCACCUGCCCAUCACAUUGUGGGAUCCACUCCAGGAUCUUUCCAAGGUGCUGCACCAUCAGCAUCCCAUCUGCAUACGAGUGCCUCCCAGUCAUACUCCUCUUUUGUGAAUCACUACAAUAGUCCAGCCAUGUACUCUACCAACUCCUCUGUUGCUUCUCAGGGAUUUCCCUCUACAUGUGGUCAUUAUGCUAUGUCAACUGUUUCUGAUGCUGUAUAUCCUAGUGCUUCAUAUCCCUCUCUGCCUGCUGGUGACCCUUAUGGGCAAAUGUUUACCUCUCCAAAUACUCCAGCCAUCAGGCCAGUUAAAGAUCAUUCAUUUUCUGGUCAAAAAGCAGCUGUCAGCCAUCCUUCACUGCUUCCACCUCCACCUCCAUCAUCACAGCAGCACCAUCAGCCUCAAAGUCUGUCAGGAUACAAUGCUGUGUCAUGGUCACCUUCAGGCCUUCCGCAAGCCAAUGACAGUCUCAUCCGAAACCACGCGGGAUCCCUGAAUAUGUCCAACAGCAACCCAGCAAGUACGGUUGCAGACUCUUCAUCCUAUCCUGUUACACAAAAUGUUCGUUCUUCUAAGUCCAGCCCAGUAGUAUCUACUGGUGUGUCAGGAGCUUCCUCAUCAAGAAUCCCUCCCACUGCAAAUCACCCAGUUGAACCUAUGGCCUCGGUUACUACACAGCCAUCAGACCUGUUACAGCAGAAAGGCAUGCAGUAUGGUGAAUAUGUUAAUAAUCAAGCUAGCUCCGCACCAACUCCCUUGUCAUCAACUUCCGAUGAUGAGGAAGAGGAGGAGGAGGAUGAGGAAGCAGGUGUGGACAGCUCUUCUACCACAAGCAGUGCUUCUCCAGUGCCUAACAGCUAUGACGCUCUUGAAGGGGGCAGCUACCCAGAUAUGCUUUCUUCCUCCACAAGUAGCCCUGCCCCUGAGCCUGCACCCGACCCUGAUCCUGCUACAGCUCCAGCUCCAGCUGCUCCUCAGCCUUCAAAACUGGCCAAACCUUUUGGCUACGGUUAUCCAACUCUGCAGCCUGGUUAUCAGAAUGCUACAGCACCACUGAGUUCUGGAGGACAGCCCAGUGGCCCGGUGUACUCCGGAUUCCAGCAGUAUCCUCAGUAUCCCGGUGUGAAUCAGCUGUCCUCCAGUCUGGGAGGCCUGAGCCUUCAGAGCUCCCCACAGCCAGAAAGCUUGCGACCUGUGAACCUCACCCAGGAGAGGAAUAUUUUACCCACGACUCCUGUCUGGGCUCCUGUCCCCAACUUGAGUUUAGACCUCAAAAAGCUUAACUGUAGCCCAGACUCAUUUCGGUGUACUCUGACAAAUAUUCCACAAACCCAGGCUUUACUGAAUAAAGCUAAGCUUCCUUUAGGAUUGCUGUUACAUCCCUUCAGAGACCUAACGCAAUUACCUGUAAUAACAUCAAAUACCAUUGUGAGGUGCCGAUCUUGCCGAACAUACAUCAACCCUUUUGUAUCUUUUAUUGAUCAGCGUAGAUGGAAAUGCAAUUUAUGCUACAGAGUUAAUGAUGUUCCUGAAGAAUUUAUGUAUAACCCACUGACUCGAUCUUAUGGAGAACCUCAUAAACGACCAGAAGUUCAGAAUUCAACCGUGGAGUUCAUUGCUUCUUCCGAUUACAUGCUCCGUCCUCCUCAACCUGCAGUUUACUUGUUUGUUUUAGAUGUGUCUCAUAAUGCAGUGGAAGCUGGAUAUUUGACAAUUUUGUGUCAGUCACUAUUAGAAAAUCUAGACAAGCUUCCUGGGGAUUCACGAACAAGAAUAGGAUUUGUGACCUUUGAUAGCACCAUUCAUUUUUACAAUUUACAAGAAGGAUUAUCACAGCCUCAAAUGUUGAUUGUGUCUGAUAUAGAUGAUGUUUUUCUACCUACACCUGAUAGUUUACUUGUGAAUCUACAUGAAAGUAAAGAGCUUAUAAAAGACUUACUGAAUGCUUUACCAAAUAUGUUCACCAAUACAAGAGAAACACACAGUGCCCUUGGUCCUGCGCUGCAGGCCGCCUUUAAAUUAAUGUCUCCAACAGGUGGCCGUGUGUCUGUAUUUCAGACACAGUUACCUUCCUUGGGUGCAGGACUUCUGCAGUCCAGAGAAGAUCCUAAUCAGAGAUCAAGUACAAAGGUGGUACAACAUCUUGGACCUGCAACUGAUUUUUAUAAGAAACUUGCUUUAGAUUGCUCAGGACAGCAAACUGCAGUGGAUUUGUUCCUUCUAAGUUCACAGUAUUCAGAUCUUGCUUCUCUAGCUUGCAUAUCCAAGUAUUCUGCAGGGUGCAUCUACUACUAUCCAUCUUUCCACUAUACUCACAAUCCUUCACAAGCGGAAAAGUUACAAAAAGAUUUAAAACGGUAUCUCACCAGAAAAAUUGGAUUUGAAGCUGUUAUGAGAAUAAGAUGUACUAAAGGUCUUUCAAUGCACACUUUUCAUGGAAACUUCUUUGUCCGUUCCACUGACUUGUUAUCCCUUGCCAACAUCAAUCCGGAUGCUGGGUUUGCAGUACAGUUGUCAAUUGAAGAAAGUUUGACAGAUACUUCCUUAGUGUGUUUUCAGACAGCGCUGUUGUAUACAUCAAGCAAAGGUGAGAGGAGAAUUAGAGUGCAUACACUUUGUCUGCCAGUUGUAAGUUCCCUAGCAGAUGUAUAUGCAGGAGUGGAUGUUCAAGCUGCCGUCUGCCUGCUAGCAAAUAUGGCUGUGGAUCGAUCAGUUUCAUCAAGUCUAUCAGAUGCAAGAGAUGCCUUAGUGAAUGCUGUAGUGGAUUCAUUAUCUGCAUAUGGCUCGACUGUUUCCAAUUUUCAGCACUCUGCGUUGAUCGCUCCUAACUCCCUCAGAUUGUUUCCGCUCUAUGUUUUGGCCCUUCUCAAGCAGAAAGCCUUUAGGACGGGUACAAGCACACGCCUAGAUGAUCGGGUGUAUGCCAUGUGUCAGAUAAAGUCUCAGCCACUUGUUCAUCUAAUGAAAAUGAUUCAUCCCAAUUUAUACAGGAUAGACAGAUUGACAGAUGAGGGUGCCAUUCAUGUUAAUGACAGGGUUGUUCCUCAGCCACCUCUUCAAAAAUUGUCUGCAGAGAAGUUGACGAGAGAAGGUGCUUUCCUUAUGGACUGUGGCUCUGUUUUUUACAUUUGGGUUGGAAAAGGCUGUGAAAAUAGCUUCAUAGAGGAUGUGCUGGGAUAUCCUAAUUUUGCAUCAGUUCCACAGAAAAUGACACAUCUUCCAGAACUAGAUACGCUUUCAUCAGAAAGAACCAGAUCUUUUAUAACUUGGCUGAGAGAUGGCAGACCAUUAAGCCCAGUCCUUCAUGUGGUAAAAGAUGAGAGUCCUGCCAAAACUGAAUUUUUUCAGCAUUUGAUUGAAGACCGGACAGAAGCUGCAUUCUCUUAUUAUGAAUUUUUACUUCAUGUUCAGCAGCAGAUUUGUAAGUGAAGUAGAAUAAUGUCAGAUAAGAAGAAGUAAGAUCCAUGACCUAGGUAAAGCAUCAUCUGAUGGAAAAACACUCAAGAAAUAGAGAAUACAGGCAGUUGUGUUACAAGCCCUGGACUCUGAGGUUGUGACGAAAGCAAAGGAGAAAAAGAGCUCCGUAGAUUUUCUGCGGAGUAGAAGUAAUGGUAGGGCUGAUGCCAUUUCACCCAGUGAUUUUGAAUUGGUUUCUACACAUUUCCAGUAGUGCAGCAGUGUAGUGCUCUGUUUAUUGAAAGAGGACAAAUUAAUAGAACUGUGUGGAAUGAUACGUCCUGAUGUAAAAGUAGAUCAGUUCUGUUGUCUUACAAUUAAAAUAACGUUUUUGGACUUGAACUCUUGACAAAAGAUGCCAAGAGGCAGUGGGUACCGUGUUAUUUGUUUAUAUGAAUUACUUUUUAACAUGGAAUGAUUCGUAUUCAUUAAAUGAAUUCAACAAAAUGAAUUCCCUGUGAAAACAGUAGUUUCAGUACAUGAACUAUAGAGAAACAUAUAUAUAUAUAUAUAUAAUGUAUAUAAAUUAAACAUUUGUAAAGAAAGUGUAAAAAUGCAGCUACAGAAUAGGAAUUGCUCAUACUGCUCGGCAUUGCUGGAUGACACCUCUUUUUGUCACGGUUAGAGAAUGGAAUUGGCCAAUGCAUAUUCUGCAUUGAGUCCACAAGUGAGACACAAACUCUUUGUAAUUCUGCUAAAUCUUUUACGUGAAUUUAUUUAUGAUCAGCCUACCAAUUAAAAAUAUUUUGCUUGA